GAACACUCAGUGAGGAGCUCACAGGAUUAUCAGAGAGGAUCUGACUUUAGACCAGGAAGAUCUCACUGGAUCUCGAUAUGAAGAACCGUCACUGAUCUGCUGAACACCUCGCACUCCAAAAAAAAAAAAAAAAAACACCAUGCGCUUUGCUCUCGUCUGCUAGAAUAAGGAAAGCGAGACUGGAGAGUUUACUUUUAGUUUCUGUCUCGUCACGGUCCGCCUGCUGCUUCUGCUGCACUUCUUCUGGACACUGCAACAGGUCAGCACAGAGUCGCUUCGGAUAUGUUGGACGGAAUCCAGAUUGAAGAUCAGUUCAGAGCAGGAGCAGAGACUCUGGGAGGGAUGCUGGGUUCAGACUGUGUCCAUCAGAGUGUGUGUGAGGGAUGUCACAGACCCAUCUCUGAUCGCUUCCUCCUGCGCGUGAACGACAGCUCGUGGCACGAGGAGUGUCUGCAGUGCUCGGUGUGUCAGCAGCUUCUCACCAUGAGCUGCUACUCCAGAGACCACAAACUCUACUGCAAACACGACUACCAACAGUUGUUUGCAGCCAAAUGCAGUGGCUGUCUGGAGAAGAUCGCUCCCAGUGAGUUUGUGAUGCGCGCACUAGAAAGUGUGUAUCAUCUAGGCUGCUUCUGCUGCUGUGUGUGCGAGCGACAGCUGUGUAAAGGGGACGAGUUCGUCCUGAAGGAAGGACAAUUGCUGUGCAAGAAUGACUACGAGAAGGAGAAGGACUUACUGCACUCGGUCAGCCCGGACAUGUCUGACUCCGACAAAAGCGAGGAAGAAGAUCUGGAUUUGAAGCCUGAGAAAGGAGCAGGGGGUCAGGGCAAAGGAGCCGAUGAUGGCAAAGACCCACGCAGACCCAAGAGACCUCGCACCAUCCUCACCACCCAGCAGCGGCGAGCCUUCAAGGCCUCCUUUGAGGUGUCGUCCAAACCAUGCCGAAAGGUCAGAGAGACGUUGGCAGCUGAAACCGGUCUAAGUGUUAGAGUCGUCCAGGUGUGGUUUCAGAACCAAAGAGCAAAGAUGAAGAAAUUAGCACGCCGACAACAGCAGCAACAAGAGCAGCAAACCUCUCAGAGACUCGGACAAGAUGUGAUCUCAAGCCGAAUGGAGAAUCUGAUGAACUCUUACACACCACUGGCUCCGCCUCCACAACAUCAGUUAGUCUCCAUUGAGACCAGCGGAUACAGCACGGACCCGUUCCAGCACGGUCUGACCCCUCCACAGAUGCCCGGAGAUCACAUGAAUCCGUACGGAAACGACUCGAUUUUCCACGACAUUGACAGUGACACGUCUCUGACCAGUCUGAGCGACUGCUUCAUGGCUGCGGCAGAAGCCGGAUCCCUUCAGACCCGCCUGGGAAACCCCAUCGACCGCCUCUACUCCAUGCAGAGCUCCUACUUCGCCUCCUGAAACCAAAUCUUGAGACUAAACAGCCACAAGAACUACAUAAUAUCCAUGUCUGCAAAACCAGCCUCACGUACAGCAGCAAACCUCCAGUAUAAGGCCGAGGCUGUAAAGACAAGAAAACCAAACCAAACCAAACCGAUCGACUCACGCAGAAGAUGAAACCAGAUCUCGGCUUUGUGCUGUAGACGACAUGCUGAGGAGGUUCAAAGAUGUGCUGGCCAAGUGUAUGUGAAGAUGGGAUGAGUAGGUUUUCAUCUAGACUUUGUAGAAAUAAUCUUAACCACACAUUUCUUGAGGUGCUGCAGGACGUUUACUGCAGUAUACUGAACCUACAAAACAACUUUAGACCGUAAAUAGACAAAUGCAAUACACGCAAAAUGGAAACACUUCAUUGUUAUCAGCAUGAAUAUGGAUUUCAAAAGUUUUGAAAUAAAGUCGAGCUGAAACAGCUGUGUGUUGACAAGAACGAUUAGCUAUUUAUUACGUACAUGUGCCAAGCAAACCUGCAAAGCUUUAUUUAAAACAAACUGUGUUAGAGAAAGUACCAUAAACAUUUUUAUGCAAGUUCCUGGAAGAGAGUGUAGCAUUUCUGUUGAUGUUUAAAGAUGUAUAUGUUUAUUUCGCUGUGCUAUUUAUUUGUCAUUUGCAUUCUUGGAUGUUGUAGAGGAUGCAUUUUUGCUCAAACUUGCUAAAUUGACCAAAGUUUGUUGGUACUAAAAAUAAAGAAAUAAUUAAAAAAUA